CGAAAUCGGGAGGAAAAAGAUAAACAUGAUUGCCGUUCAAAGAUUCCAUUUUUCCGAAGCGAAAACCAGUCGGCGACCGUAUUUUCCCAGCGCCCAUUUCUGUCUGCCUCUCUGUUCCAAUCCCGACGUAGAUUUACCCUGACAAUCUCUGCAAAUUCUCACACUUUGGGUGAAAAAUUCUCCGUAAAAUCGGGGAAAGCAAGUGUCUCUAUGACGAGGGCGGGAGUGAUUACCGGUAGUUAAGGCGUAAUUAAGGUCCUAUCUGGGUAAUUAUGGCGGCGAGCGCAAACCCAUCGGGGAGCAAUCAAGAGGGUUCUUCGGCGACGGCAGCGGAGAAAGUGACGUCUUCCUCGGCGACGAAUGAAGCUGCUGUGAAUUCGGCAAAUAAUGGAGAAAAUUCCGGUGGCUCCGGCGGUGGCGCCGCGGCUGCGGAUAAUAAUCCGACGAUUGCAGCUUUGAGGCAUAACCCAGGAAUCUCCGUCGAUUGGAGCUCUGAGGAGCAGUCCCUGUUGGAGGAUUUGCUAGCCAAGUAUGCCUCAGAAUCUGCCAUCGUACGUUAUGCUAAGAUUGCAAUGCAAUUGAAGGACAAAACAGUCCGGGAUGUGGCCCUGAGAUGUAGAUGGAUGAAUAAAAAGGAAAACGGAAAGCGUAGGAAAGAGGACCAUUCGUCAAGGAAAAGCAAAGAUAGAAAGGAAAAAGCUACAGAUUCUUCGGUGAAGUCUUCACCUCAUUUGAAUGUGCAUCCUAACGGACCUUCAUACGCUCCACCUAUGAUGACCAUGGAUACCGAUGACGGUAUAUCUUUCAAAGCUAUUGGUGGUGUGACCGGAGAUCUUCUUGAGCAAAAUGCUCAGAUGUUCAAUCAAAUUUCCCCAAAUUUCUCAGCUUUCCAGAUACACGAAAACAUCAGCCUCUUCUGCAAAAUCCGAGACAACAUUCUCACAAUCUUGAACGAUUUGAAUGACAUGCCAGAGGUAAUGAAGCAGAUGCCCCCUCUUCCGGUGAAGGUGAACGAUGAGCUGGCGAAUUCAAUCCUUCCUCACCCGUCUCGUCAAAUGAAGUCAUGACCUCUUAUAUAGAGAAGCUCUCAUCAUCAAUGGUUCUCCUGACCAAUUUCUCUAAUCCAAUUCAAGCAAAAAGAGGUGAAUAAACCGGUCUUUUCCCCGAAUCUUAGAGUUAGCCUGUUCAUCAAUGAACUUUAGUUCUGUUCAUAUAUCCCUUUGUAGGGUGUAACGUCUUGUAGUAGAAUGUGAAUAGAGAGUCAUGUUGUGACAAAUGCUCUGUAUAAAAUUGGUUCAACGUGGAAGGUGUGAUUAGGUUUAUCAUAAGAUGCAAGUUUAAUAGAACUGAUGCCCAAAGUAUGUGGCUUUUGUAACAAAGUCAAUGUCUUUUGUAUUACCUUCAAGAAUUCCAUGUUCAGAUA